AUGGUUAAAGGCGUCGUCGCCACCAAUAUCGAGCUGGCCAGCACUACAAUAGAGCCCGCGAAAUGUCACGUCGAAGUCUCCCUCCCUGCAAACUGUGAAUAUCGCUCGGGCGAUUACUUGGCCGUGCAGGGUCAUCAUUCUGACGAAACCGUGUCCCAAAUUAUGACUCGAUUCGGUCUGUCUACUGGGGACUUGAUGACCCUGGAGAACAUGAAUGUCGAUACGAACUACCAGCAGAUCUUGAAUUAG